GCCAGGAGCUGCUGGUCGCGCAGCAGCCGAUGUGGACCAGCGGUAGUGCAACGGCGAACGCUGCCGCAGGUGUGCCUGCUGAGGCUGCCCAGCCCGAACCCCUGUCGGUUGCGGACAUGCGCUCAUGGCAGCUGCAGGAUCCUCCAAUCUCAGAGAAGCAAAUGACCUAUCUUCUGGACUUGGGGCACCCGCGGGAACAGCUGGGAUCCAUCACCAAGUCGGAGGCGUCAUGGAUGAUCACCCGCGACAAAGGCAUGCUGCAAUGGUAUUUGGAGAACAAUGGCAACUGCCAUCCCAUGUGCGGUCGCCGAUUCGACCAGCUGCGCGGCCUAGGCGUGGAGGUAGUGGAGACGCCGUUUAGGCUGCGAAGGACCCUGCCGCAAGCGGCGUCCAUCAUCUCCGUCAUGAAGUCUAUCAAGUCGGAGAAGGCCGGGGCCGAAGAGGCCAAGGAGAACCCCAUGACUGACCGGCAGCGGGCCCGCCUGACGCGGAUGGGGCUGGUGGUGCGUGUGCCGCUCAGCAGCCGGCAGGCGGGGCUGCUCAUCUCGGUGGCGGCGCAGGGCGACCGCCUCCAGGCGGCGGCGCGGCGUCAGCUCAGGCAGCGGUACUACAUAACGCGGCCGCAAGACUGACGGCCUAUCUGAGGCCAAGCUGCCGGCGACCUUCCGGCCGCUGGAGCAUCUGCGUCCCCGCCCGUGCUGGCGUGCAUGCAUGCUUCUUCUUUCCAUGCGUUCUGUGGGCAACCGGCGAGCGAGGGAAGCUCGCAUCUGUUUGCAACCCACCGGCGAGGCGUCUGCGUGUUGCGUCGAUCUGUGGCAACCGCACUCUCGGCGGCGGCCCAUGGGAUCGUGGCAUUCUGCUAAGUUUUGCUCCGUGAGGUGUGGCGUUUGUUUGUCGUAAGGUUGCUUCCUAAUUAAGCAACACGGUAACUUACUUACCUUAUCUAUUCUGCUACCGCCUUAGCUAGUUACCUAAAUCGGUAGCGGUAGGAAGUUGCUGAAGCUGUGCUAGUGCAAAUAAAUGGGCCAUUGCGCAUGUGUUGGUAGUAGGCAGCAGUUGCGCAUCUAGAAUCUAGUGCGUGGACUGAAGGAGAUCUAUCAUGGCUAGAUAGCAAGGUUUGGAAGACGCAUGCAUAUGACAUGACACCGACUCCAGCUCUUAGCCACCUCAUGGCCUAUGUAUGGGGAGUCCGUAGCCGUAACUGUGGCG